AUGCUCCACGUCCCCCUUUUUAGCCGUAAGCUUGUGUGUUUAUUUUUGUGUUGCUUUAUUAACGCGUUCAACGCAGAAGAAAUAAGUAAAGCUGAACUGGUGAAAGAAGUGGAGGCUGUCAAGAAGCUGAAGGCACCACUUUUGGUUGGUAAGGUGGCAAUUGUCACUGGUGGAGCCAGCGGAAUAGGACGGAGUGUCUGCCAGGUACUGGACCGAGAAGGUGCUAAAGUUGUCAUAGCCGACAUCAAUGACGCAAAAGCAAAUGAAACCCUCAGUCUUCUAAAAGGACAGAACCACACGGCAAUUCACACCGAUGUGUCAGUCCGGGAAAAUGUAACACACCUUUUUCAAAAAGUUGAGGAAAUAUACGGGACCGUCCACAUUGUUAUCAAGAGUGCUGGAAUCGUCCAUACACCAUCCUUCGUAACAAAUGUAACUGAAUCGUAAAACAACUAACGUAUUAUUCUUUAAUUACAGGGCACUUACCUUGUCACUCAAGCAGCUGUGAAAUCGAUGCUCAAGAAUGAAAACGCCACAGGCGGGACCAUUUUAAACAUUGCCAGCGUAUCUGGCAAGGGCGGUCGCCGGUACCUGAGUGCUUACUCGGCUUCGAAGGGCGCCGUCAUCUCCUUUACCAAAUCUGUGGCGCUGGAAGUUGCACUCAAGGAGAUUCGCGUCAACACUAUUCUCCCUGGUUUCACGGACACACCCAUGACACAGGGCACCCCCGAGGAAGUUAGAAAAUGCAUAAUUGAGGAGAUUCCAAUGAAGCGGGUCGCGAAACCGCUAGAAAUGCCUGAAACGAUUGUUUUUAUGUGCGGCCCGAGGAGCACGUACAUGGUAGGAUCGGCCGUCCUGGUGUCCGGGGGGACGUUCCUUUAA